GCAGCUGAUCUGAGAGAGAGAGAGAGAGAGAGGUUGAGCAGUAAGGAGAGAGUUGAGGUGCGAGUAGUAUCUCUCAUAUAUCACAGCCGAACCUUUACCAUGGCAGCUCUUCGUCAGCUUAUGCGCCACGUGUCGGCAUCCCGACCUGCUCUGCGUCACCUCAGCACUGAGGCUUCCCCUGCUGCCGCUGCUGGAGUGCAGAGUGGUGGUGGUGGUGUUUGUUUUGACUUCACACAAGAGCAGAAGGAAAUCCAGCAACUGGCUCGCAAGUUUGCCCGUGAAGUGGUUCUACCCAAGGCUGCCGAACAUGACAAGACAAUGGAGUACCCCUGGGAGAUCAUCAAGACAGGUUGGGAGCUGGGACUCAUGAACCCACACAUUCCGGGUGAGUUUGGCGGAAUGGGUUUGGGCACCUUUGAAGGCUGCGUCAUCACUGAGGAGAUUGCCUAUGCCUGCACCGGAAUCCAGACGGCAAUGGAGGCAAACAAUCUUGGGCAAAUGCCGGUGAUCAUUGCUGGUAACGAGCAGCAGAAGGCGAAGUACCUCGGCCGCAUGACGGAGGAACCCCUCAUGUGUGGCUAUGGUGUGACAGAGCCUGGGGCAGGCUCAGAUGUGGCGGGCAUCAAGACCAGGGCCGAGAAAGGAAAUGAGUAUGUCCUCAAUGGCCAGAAGAUGUGGAUCACCAACGGUGCUGUGGCCAACUGGUACUUUGUCCUGGCACGCACCAGUUCAGAUCCCAAGACGCCUGCCUCCAAGGCCUUCACAGGGUUCAUUGUUGAUGCAGACUCUCCCGGCCUGACCAAGGGACGCAAGGAACUCAACAUGGGCCAGCGCUGCUCCAACACUGCCGGCUUCUCCAUGUCCGACGUGGUGGUGCCCAAGGAAAAUGUUCUCAUUGGUGAGGGUGCUGGUUUCAAAAUUGCCAUGGGUGCCUUUGACCGCACACGUCCCCCAGUGGCUGCAGGGGCUGUGGGUCUGAGCCAGCGGGCCCUGGAUGAAGCCACAAAGUAUGCUCUAGAAAGGAAGACAUUUGGCACUGAAAUUGUGAACCACCAGGCUGUGUCCUUCAUACUUGCUGAGAUGGCGAUGGAGACAGAGUUGGGUCGCCUGGCUUGGAUGCGAUCUGCCUGGGAGGUGGACCAGGGCCGCCGUAACACUUACUAUGCCUCCAUUGCCAAGGGUUUUGCUGGGGAUGCUGCCAACAGAGCUGCUUCUAAUGCUGUCCAGGUGUUUGGAGGUAAUGGCUUCAACACAGAGUAUCCCGUUGAGAAGCUGAUGCGCGAUGCCAAGAUUUACCAGAUCUAUGAAGGAACAGCCCAGAUCCAGCGCCUCAUCAUUGCCCGCGAACACCUGGCCCGCUGCAAGAUGGGUCUGGUCUAAGGGAAGCCUUGGGUGUAGGCCAGUAAGGGUGCAUAAAGGCUGGAGUCUUAUGAUGCCUACCAGAAUGUACUAUUUGUACUAAGCAAUUAUCAAUGCAAUAUAUCUUAGUUACUUUUAAUCUCUUCUUAUAAUUAGCAUCCCAAAGAUGACCAAGAGCUGUAGUGUCUCAAUGGUUCACUGACAGUACAUGAUAGUUAUGACUGGACUAUCUAGCAUUUUGUUAUUACUAAUUAGUAUUUACUCAAUUCUCAAAAUUUCUUACACUUUACGGGAUAUUAACUGUAAAUAACUAAGUAUGAUAGGUGUGUAAAUUCAGAAAAUGGUUUAUAUAUUGAUAAUAAAUGUGUUGAAAUGAG